CAAAUCCCACAAUCUUCUUGUAGCACACCACUGUCUUCGUCCAACUCGGCGGCGAUGUCUGGGCGCGGCAAGGGCGGCAAGGGGCUGGGCAAGGGCGGCGCGAAACGCCACCGUAAGGUUCUCCGCGACAACAUCCAGGGUAUCACGAAGCCGGCAAUCCGGAGGCUGGCGAGGAGGGGCGGCGUGAAGCGUAUCUCCGGGCUUAUCUACGAGGAAACCCGCGGCGUGCUCAAGAUCUUCCUCGAGAAUGUCAUCCGCGACGCGGUCACCUACACCGAGCACGCUCGCCGCAAGACCGUCACCGCCAUGGAUGUUGUGUACGCCCUCAAGCGCCAGGGCCGCACUCUGUACGGGUUCGGUGGUUGAGCGCAUCUCUUCCCUCGUCUGCAGCGGCUGCCGGUGGCGUUUCCUCAGUUCCCUCUGCCUUGCUUGGCUUGAUGUAGAGAGUUAUCAGAUUAAAAUAUCUCUGAUGUGCUUCGUUAUUGGGUGGAAUCAUGUGUCCCAGCAGUGCUGGGAAAUCAAGAUCAAGAUGUAUCUUUCUUUGCAGUAAUGAAAUGUUAAAAUCGAGAUCAAGAUGUAUCUUUCUUUGCAGUAAAGAAACUUUGCUAUUGCGCCCACUGUUAGGCUAAUCACAAUGGAGGUUUCAU